AGAGAGAGAGAGAGAGAUUACAGUAGGAGUUUCUUCGUCCUCAUUAGCGGGAGGAAAAAUGAAAUUUUAAUGACCGGAAGUAAUGGAAGUGUGUUCCGAAUGAGAGCUCCUCUUUUUUUCUGUUUUUGCGCGCGCGAUGUGUGUUUGAAUAGCUGCAUUUAUAUUAUUUGUAUUUAUAUUCGUUGCCUUGUGUUAAACCUGGAGGAUCAUGCACGCGCCCCUGUGCGCACUUGUUUUGCUCGGUGUGCUCCGUUCUGUUUCCGGUUCUGUGUUGAACUCCUCGGUAACCGGUGAGUCCGCGCGCACCUUGCCGGUGCUGACCGUGAACUAUGACCGCGUGCGUAAACCGUUCGAGGUGUGUCUAUGGAUCCUGCUGGCCUCCUUAAUGAAGCUCGGGUUCCACAUCAUCCCUGUUUUCUCCCGAUUUGUCACUGAGAGCUGUGUGCUGAUGAUAGUUGGUCUGAUGGUCGGCGUUCUAAUUAAGCUCUUGGGUGAAACACUUCCUGUUUUGGACACUGAGCUCUUCUUCCUGUGUCUCCUCCCCCCCAUCAUCCUGGAUGCUGGAUAUUUCCUGCCUCUGCGCCCCUUCAGUGAGAACAUGGGCUCCAUCUUGGCACUGGCAGUGCUGGGAACGCUCUGGAACUCCGUCUUCGUUGGGUUGGUCUUAUACGGAGUGUGUAAAGUGAUCGGGGUCCAGAUGGGUGGAGUCAACCUGCUUUCCUGCCUACUGUUUGGUUCCAUCUCCUCUGCUGUGGAUCCGGUUGCAGUCCUUGCCGUCUUUGAGGAAAUUCACAUUAAUGAGCUCCUCCACAUUCUGGUGUUUGGAGAGUCACUGCUUAAUGAUGCUGUUACUGUGGUAUUGUACCAUCUGUUGGAGGAGUUUGCUGGCAGAGACUCAGUGGAGUUCAGUGAUGCACUACUAGGUGUGCUGAGCUUCCUGGUGGUGGCAUUGGGGGGCAUCAUGGUGGGCAUGGUUUAUGGCAUAAUGUCCGCUGUCACCUCUCGUUUUACCUCACACUCACGUGUCAUCGAGCCGCUUUUCGUCUUCCUCUACAGCUACCUGGCGUACCUGUCGGCUGAGGUGUUCCACCUCUCUGGCAUCAUGGCUCUCAUUGCAUGUGGCGUGGUCAUGCGGCCCUACGUGGAGGCCAACAUUUCCCACAAGUCUUACACAACUAUAAAAUACUUUCUGAAGAUGUGGAGCAGUGUGAGUGAAACGCUCAUCUUCAUCUUCCUCGGGGUUUCCACGGUAGCAGGACCGCAUCACUGGAACUUUAUCUUUGUCUUCUUCACCAUCAUCCUCUGCCUUAUCUCCCGUGUACUGGGAGUGGUGGGACUGAGCUUCGUCAUGAAUAAAUUCCGCAUGGUAAAGUUAACAGGUAAAGACCAGUUCAUCGUGGCCUACGGUGGCCUGCGGGGAGCCAUCGCAUUCUCACUGGCCUUCUUGCUCUCCAGUGAACACUUCCCCAUGAAGAACAUGUUCCUCACAUCCAUCAUCACACUCAUCUUCUUCACAGUCUUUGUUCAGGGAAUGACGAUCCGCCCGCUGGUGGAGCUUCUGGCAGUAAAGAAGAAAAGACACACCAAGUUUACAAUAAAUGAGGAAAUACAUACACAGUUUCUUGACCAUGUGCUGAUGGGAUUCGAGUGUAUCUGUGGUCAUUAUGGACACCUUCACUGGAAGGACAAGCUGACCCGGUUUAAUAAGCGCUACAUGAGGAAGUGGUUGAUCUCAGGAGACAGGUCUGAGGAACCACAGCUCAUCUCCUUCUAUAAUAAACUGGAGAGGAAGCAGGCACUGCUAGUGGCUGAGAGUGGAACUGCAGCCAAUUUAAAACCAUCACUGCCCUCUACUGUAUCAUUACUGAGUGCUCAGAGUGGAAGGAAGAACAGGAUGAAGAUCACAAUGGAACAAGAGGCAGCAAACCAAAACAUUCUCAGAGCAAACCUGCAGAAACAACAGCAGAGGAUGCGCUCGUACAGCAGACACACACUGUUGCUGGAGGAAGAAGAGGUGGAGUGGCGUGAGGCUCAGCUCCACAGGCAGAGAGCACAGAUGGAGCGGAGGAUGAGUCACUAUUUGACUGUUCCGGCUAAAAGGCUCUCCCCCCCGGUCAGGAGAGCAAAUGUUAUCUUCAAUAACCCGAGCAGUCCCGCAGUUAGUGAGAUCAUCAUCAGUACAGAGCCAUGUUCUCCUCCUACAGACACGGUGAAGCUACUGAAUGAAACACAACUGAGACAAGACAGAGUCAAGAAAAUCCCUGACAACAAAAUCCAGAAGAAACUAGACGACUUCCAGGCGGACCGAGAUGGAUCCAACAUGGCACCUGUGGAGGAAAAGGUCAGAAGCUGGGUGUAAAUUUUGGUGUGGAUGUGGAGGAGCAGAAACCUCCUCCUCACAAUCGAACCAACCUGGAAGUGAGCAAAAUUAAGGAGGAAGAUGAAGAUGCUUCUUGUCAUGAGCACAUUGUUACAGGAGUUACACAGCACCAAGUCAACACAAACUGAGAGAAAUUUAUAUUCAUUCAGAGCUGGUUUUGAUAAUAAUGAGGAAAUGAUGCAUUACUGCACUGUAACAGCAUCAGUUAAGACUCUGUGUGUGUGUGUGUGUGUGUGUGUGUGUGUGUGUGUGUGUGUGUGUGUGUGUAAAUAAAGUAUGUAACAGUAAUGUAAUAUUUAUGUUGUGGGUAAAAUAAAAGAUUGUGUAUGGAAAUGGGAAUUCUGUGAUUCUGAGUGCACAUUUUUCUCAUUUGUAAAUUUUAAUACUAAUAAUAAUAGUAAAUUUUAUAAUAUAGUCAAUUCAAUUCAAUUCAAUUCAGUUUUAUUUGUAUAGCGCUUUUUACAAUAGACAUUGUCUCAAAGCAGCUUUACAGAAAUAUCAACAUGGUAUACAGAUAUUAAAGGUGUGAAUUUAUCCCAACUGAGAAAGCCACUGAGUGGCGACGGUGGCGAGGAAAAACUCCCUAAGAUGUUUUAAGAGGAAGAAACCUUGAGAGGAACCCGACUCAGAAGGGAACCCAUCCUCAUCUGGGUAACAACAGAUAGUGUGAAAAAGUUCAUUAUGGAUUUAUAUGAAGUCUGUAUGGCGUUAGGAGCAGCCGUAGUCCCAGCAGUCUGGAAUUAAAGAAGAUUUGAGCUCCAUCCAGAGGCAGAAAGGAUCUGGAUCUCUAGUAUCUCCAUAAAUUCGUGUGG